AUGGUGUGUGCUCUGCAGCAGUUCAUCCAUGGCCAGUCCCUGAUACUUACAACGCAAACUUCCACAGGCCCGGUGCAUGCCGUCGCCUACUCAGCAUCACCCGGAACAUACAUCAUCACCGGCUCUGCGGAUCGAUCGAUUCGUCUGUACAACCCAUUCCCGAGCACAACAAUCCCGGAAAUCCGCCCGUCAGCCAAGCCAGCCGUCCCCCAGGGUCGUCUUAUCCAAACGUACGCCGCCCAUGGCUACGAGGUGCUCAGCAUCAACGUAGCCGCGGACAAUGAGCGCUUCGUGUCCGCUGGCGGGGAUCGGUCCGUGUUCCUCUGGGAUGUGUCCACGGCCGUGACGACGCGACGCUUUGGCGGCAAUGCUCAAGGACACUCGGCGCGAAUCAACUGCGUGAGCUUCGCGGGAGAUGGGGACUCUCUCGUCGUCAGUGGCGGCUUCGACACCACGGUGCGCAUCUGGGAUGUCAAGAGCAACAGCUUCAAGCCUAUCCAAGUCCUGGACGAGGCCAGAGACGCCAUCACCUCCGUCGUCGUGCGCGGGCCGGAGAUCGUGACGGGGAGCGUCGACGGCCGCGUCAGAAGUUACGAUGUGAGGAUGGGAAGGUGCACAACAGAUGUCCUCGGCGCGAGCGUGACAAGCCUGAGCCUUACCAAGGAUGGGCGGACCGUCCUGGUGGGCUCGCUCGACAGCAAGCUGCGGUUGAUGGACCGCGACAAAGGAACCUGCUUGCGGGCUUACUCGGAUGCCGCGUGGCAAAACAAGGAACUUCGCGUGCAGUCGAUACUUGGCGGAAGGGAAAAGUACGUGAUGGCAGGAGACGAGAUGAGCGGCCAGACAGACGGCGACGGCCACGGCCGCAUCUGGGCAUGGGACCUGCUUAGCGGUACCCUCGUGACCAAAAUCAGGGUCCCACAACCCGAAGGGUUUGAGCCCAAGAAGAAGGUGGUGGGGAAGGAUGGCAAGGAAAAGCCACGGAAUGAUAUCAUCAGCUGCUUGGCCUGGCGAGAAGACAGCUGGGGCGAUCAGUUCUGCGUUGGCGGCACGCUAGGCAUCGUGACGGUGUUUGGUUCAUUAUGA